UUUAAAAAAAAAACAUCAAAGACAAAACCGAUACAUAAAAUUCCAAUAAAUACAUGUGAAUUAUUAUUAUUUGUAUUACUAAUUUAAUAAACAUGACCCGAUCGGGAAGUCGCACAAAGUUUGAAAAGCUUAAGACGAAACCAAAGAUGUACAACACAAAUAUUGUUAUGGGAAGUCAAAAAGAAAACGAAGAAAAGAAAAAAGCAAAAUGUGACAUGUUAGCUGUUUAUAUGCCGGAUGAAGACAUCCAAAGUCAGUUAAUGACAAAGAAAAAAACCUCUCAGGAAUGUAUAGACUAUCGGAGUUAUCUCCCUGUAUACCAACCAACAACAAUGCCUUUUCGAAAUGACCUGAAAAAGCACAAACACAGAAAAAUAUUACUGGGAAUAUUAUUUGCAUCAAUAAUAGUUCUGUUCAUGGCACUUGGAGGAACAAUAGGAUACGGCGUAUACAAGGGAAUGUUAUAAGAGUUCACCCAUUAAAAUUGGAGGCCUUAUAGCGAUAGGUUGCAGUUUACCUGCUGCCAUGAACGACUAUAGAAGUUGAUGAACAGUAAAACAUUGCUAGCAGAGUUGGUGCUUCUAUAUGUUAAACAAAACGAUGCAAAAACCAAGGUUGUUCAAAAACUAUAAAAGUGCCUUUUGCGGAUAUAUUUUUUGAUACAAAUGCAUUUUUUACCCAUUUUUAUAAACUGCUUUAUUUUCAAUUGUAAACAGUCUUUAUGUACAACUUCUAUAUGUUCUAAUUAUGUUUUGUAUGCAAAUCGACAGUCUUAGUCUGAAAAUUCCUUACAAGGUUGAAGUCACACUUUUAAGGUAAUUUGAAAUUACAAAAAGGAAUGGAUACAAAACCUUGAUGUACAACGUAAAAUACAUUCAUCAUAAAAUACUAAAGAAACAUAGCUAUCAGCGGACACUCACAAGAUUGCUAACAACUAUUGUUACGCAUAUACAUGUAUGACAGGAACCCAGGUUGAUAUAGGGUUCAUUAUUGAGGUUGAUUAUGCAAUGACACUGAAUCUAAACUGUUUAUGGAUGUUGAUCAUGGAUUUUGAAAUAGAUAAGGGAGCAAAAUGGCAACUUCAAAAGUGGGACUUGUUAAAAGUCUAUGCAUUUACUAAAUAAUAUGUAUUUAGCCCUUCCGGGCACCUCUUGUUAAAAGUCUAUGCAUUAACUAAGUAAUAUGUAUUUAGCCCUUCCGGGAACUUCUUGUUAAAAGUCUAUGCAUUAACUAAAUAAUAUGUAUUUAGCCCUUCCGGGCACCUCUUGUUAAAAGUCUAUGCAUUAACUAAAUAAUAUGUGUUUAGCCCUUCCUGGCACCUCUUGUUAAAAGUCUAUGCAUUAACUAAAUAAUAUGUAUUUAGCCCUUCCGGGCACCUCUUAUU